AAUGAUUUCCUAGCUUUUGUGGCGUUUGCGGCGGUGACAUUGAUAUUGCCAAUGUCAAUGUCACACACAGGAGGACGCGGCUGAAAAAAUGCGCCUAUAAAAUGCGUUCGCCGAACUCCGCGCCAGUUGGAUAAGAUGCUGAGGACUCGAGUAGUGGUGCUGGCAACUCUGUGGCUUGGCUUCUGUCUUCACACUGCUGUUCAUCCGGCCAACUCUUCUUGUCUACAGGAAACAUGGCAUCGGACGCCAGAGGACUCAGGCAUGAACAUUUUUAUCAACAAGAGUAUGGCAGACCAGUAUGAAUUACUCACGUGGCAAUGGUUGACUGACUACAAAGAUGGACUGUGGACAAUCAGUCUCAAAAAAUGGCCUAAUUUGCAGUUUGUUACUGGAUCUUUGAAGUACAAAAGCAAGGUGACAGGCACCGAGUCUCACUUCGGCUGGAGAGUGAAAAAGAAACACCUCACAUGGUCUGGAAAACAAAAUCUUAUCUUUCAACCAGGCUGGAAUAUGUCGGUAUGCGGAUUCAGUGCUGACUGGGGCUUUAUACCCGGCUAUUACGGACAUUGGUCAUUUCGUCUAGGAAAUGUGACAAUGACAGGAGAGCUUGGCAGUGACUGGAUUGAUGAACUGAGAAUGGUUGAAUGUGUGACCGAUAAGGACAGACGAAGAAAACGAUCGCCACAGGAAGCCGACCCCCCACCAGAUAUUCCCGAUGAAAUUCCGACAAACAACGAUGGAACCAGAUCGUUUUUGAAAUGGCUAUUGAGACGGACAGGCUUGGAACAAGGUGAUAAUGACGAAAGGAGCACUUGGGAGCGAGUAGGAGAUUUUCUGCUGAGUAUUGGGCAAAUAGCAUUGCGUUACCUCAUUUAUUUUGUCUGAUCAUCAAAUUCAAUAAAUUUAUAAUAGUUGGUGUGAUAAUAAAUGAAUAAUCAUUAUUUUAAACGAGAACACCAAUUAGAUUAUUCCAAUUUAUUUCCAUCUGUAUAAUAAAUAAAGUUGUGAAACAACCAUAAAGCUGACGAGUCAAGUUGAAGUAAUUGACAUACUUGUAUUCAUUUUCUUUUUGUUGCUAUCUUAUAAACCUCAAAAAUCUCAAACCUAUCAGAUGAAAUUACUCAGAAAUGUUGAUAUUGUGGUGUUUUGGCGAUGCUUUUUCCAGGUGAUAACGACCAAAGAGGAUGGGCAGAGCGCAUCACUGACGCCAUCGUCAUGUGGAUGAGAAGAAUAUUCUCCACCACUCCAAAAGAAUCAACCUAAUCUUCUGUACCUAAAAAAUAAAUCAUUCUUCAAAU